UAAAUUUAUUUAUUUAUUCUUUUCUCUUUUUACCCUUUAUUUUUACUCUUCCUGCACCUAAUUUUCCUUUUGUCUCUUCUCUCCUACAGCAGCACAUAACCCAUGGCUCCCAAACGACGCUCCACUUCCACCUCUGACGGCCGGCGAGUUCGUACCUUUACCGGUCGCAACCCGCCAACACCAGCCGCCGCCAACACCUCUCCAUCUCCGCCGGCCGCGACGCCCAACGCACGCGCAGAUCGCAACCCGCGUGCUUCACCAGAUCGUGCCACCACCUCUCCAUCGCUGACGUGCGCCACCAUCCGUGCGCAAGAUCGACUCCUUUCCACUGCCGCCGCUCAUUCCUCGCCAUCUCGCGCCGUGCAACCCGCCUUGAAUCCCUCACACGCAUCCAUCGCGGACAACAACCCACGUGCCAAGCCACCACCUCGCGCCGGUCCACAACCCUCAGCCACCACCAACGGUGAGCAACUUUCUGACUUACAUCACUCCACUUCCACCUCUUCAGCAGACCAGUCUCAUACCAAUCCCUCUGUUGCUGGUAUCCGGACACGACUUGGGAGGGGCAGACAUCACUUACCUCCGGCUCCAUCACGAUUUAACGGUAGCCUUCUUCUUACAAAUGCAAAAGAAAAAGCCAGUUAUGUUUCCUCUUCCUCUUGUGCAAGGUUGCACAUUAGAUACAGCUGGCUGGGUUGAUCUUGGGUUAAUUGACGAUUGAAUCUGCCCACUCAGAAACCUAUUUGCAUGCCCGUGCAGUACAUGAGCGACUCACACACUAAUCUAGUGAUUCAUCUUUACAUUCACAUUCUUUCUCUGGAAAAAUGGAUUCCCCUGGGAUCCUGUCUAAGACUGAAUUGUUGUGCAUGACUGAGGGUAUAAGGGUCAUGACUGAGGGUAUAAGAGUCAAUUUGAGUUGUUUUAUUGCUUCACAAAUAUGCUGUGCUUUUAGUCCCAGACCUUUAAUUCUAGUACACAUAGUCACCACGUUGCAUUGCAUGAAAGAUUAAUUGACUUAAAAAAUAUUAAUUUGCAUAAAGCUUGUGACAUGUUAACCUUAGAUUUAAUGAGUCUUGAUGACACUUUUUGUCGUCCAAGUCCCAUCCCGCGAUCCUAUUGAGUGUUCAAAAAAGGAAGUGCUUUACGCACGGCUCCUGUUGCCUGUACCAUGGCUAAUCCUUCAUUUGAUGCCCAACAUGCUUUUCAAAUCUUCAAUACCAGAAUUGAUCAGAUGGGGAGUCCUGACAUCCCUCCGGAAAUGCUGGAGAAGGAAGCUUUUAAGUGCUUGUUCCUGAACGACGGACAUGGAAAGACACUAUGGGAGAGAGACAUACUCUUUUUUGUUUUAAUCGCUGAAAUUGUACAGUGAACCUUUUUGGUCCAGGUAUAUGACCCCAAAACUUUCCUUUUGCUAACAUCAUGGCCUCUUCCAUGAAUUAUAUAUAUAUAGUCCAAAAGACCUUAGAAGUUUCUAUCUUUUUACAUUCACUGGGAUGCUUUGAUUAUGUGAAUGGCGAUAGGUAUUUUUUUUUUUUAUAUUUUUUUUACUUUAUUUUUUGUGUUAGAAUCCCUUUAAUGGGUAGAGAUUUAUAGACCAUUUGAAUGAGCAGGCUAUCCAACUCUUUCUCUCACAUUUGCAUCAACCAUUAUAUGAGAUUAACCUUCUCAACACCCUGUUUAAGGGUCUUGCAUUUCCUGUUUGCUCAUGUAUUACUUUUCAUGAUUUUUCGUACAGGUUUAUUUGCUAUGACUGAGCAAAGGCAGCGCGAUAAUAAGUUCCAUUUAAAGCCCUUUUGCACAUUUAUAUGAGAUUCUGUUUAACUUGCUUCAAUCUUCCUCCUCUCUCUCUCUCUCUCUCUCUCUCUCUCUCUCAUAGACACAUAAGAGAUCUUUCACUUCUAGUUCUCACUCAUUUAUUUGUCUCUUCUCUUAUGGUGUUAGGCUAAAGGCACUGUGGAAGAGAGCAUAUAUAAAUUGAACAGGAGUAGAAACACCGGUUCCUUCAUAAGUGACAGGUGUGGAAGUACAAGAAGGAAGAGAAGGUGGAGAAAUUGAAGAUCAAGAAGAAAGAAGAUCUAGAAGAGAAACAUGGAUGAUGCUCGGAUCUCCACUAAGAAUGCCAUCUGAAAUCAUAGCCAGUGCUAUAGCAACAGGAAGAGUAAGAGCCCAGCAACAUGUCUCCCCAGGUUGAAGUAGUAGAAGCUGGUGAUGAUUGUAUCAGUGAAUUGCCUGAUGAUAUUCUCUAUCAUUUUUGAGCAUGAGAGAUGCUGUUAAGACGGGAUUAUUGUCGCGAAGAUGGAGAUUUCUAUUCUCCUUCACACCUCAACUCAAGUUUGAUACUCUUUCUGUUUUUGGAAAAAACCCUGAUUUGCAAAACAAGUCCAAAUUUUUAAUGGCUGUUAAUCAAUUCUUGCGCUGCUAUACUGGUCCUAAAAUUGAUACCUUCCAACUUACUUAUCGCCUUGGGGAUGAGUCUGCCUCUCAUAUUGAUGGAUGGAUUAAUUUUGCUUCGCAGUCGGAGGCUAAAACAAUUUUUCUUAAUUUUGAUCUUGUAUUUGUUCCUGGUAUUAAACAUUAUGAUUUUCCUUGUCACCUUCUCAUUUAUCAUGCUAAAACAUCUAGCUUGAAGCAUCUGCACUUAGUAUCAUGUACUUUUACACCUUCUCUUGAUCAUGCCAAAAGAUUAAUUUCUUUGAGAACUCUUUACAUUGGUUAUGUACCUUUAAGUCCAUGCCAUCUAGACACUAUAAUGUCUACUUGCUUGAACCUGGAGUGCUUAACACUGAAUAGUUGUUAUCUGCCUGGGAGUCUUCGAAUAUUUGGUCCAUCCAGUGGAUUGGAAUCUUUCAAGAUUUCAUGUAAUGACUUCCUGAACCUUGAGCUUAAUUCUCUUAAAAAGUUGAACUUCUUUGAGUUUGCUGGUAUCGCAGAGGCAUUAACAUUUACUGGCCUUCCAACAUUGAGAAAGGCAUAUUUCAUGUUCUUAAAUAAAUAUAUAAGCGGCGCUCGAUAUAUGUAUAAGAAACUUGCAAAAGAUCUUCCCCAGCUAGAAAUUCUAUCAGUAGUUCUUUAUCCUUUUGAGGGUCUGCCAGUAAGUGACAGUGCGAGUCCACUCAGGAAUGUGAAAGAACUGUUGCACUUUAGCACCUGUGAUCAAUUUAAUAGAGCGAAAGUGGGGAGUAAACAACCACAUUUACAACUCAAAGAGCUUGAGAUAAGUGGAUGUAUUGGUAGAUCAUGUGAGAUGGAGUUUUUUACUUAUUUACUUGAUAAUUGCGUCGCACUCAAGGUGAUGACUGUUAGAGGAGACAGAAAGAAGUAUCUUGGAGAUGGUAGGUGGAUGAAUGACGGAAUACCUCGUGUAGGUAGCAAGCUAAAUCUUGAGGUGCUUCGUGAUAUGCUUCUGCAGCAAAGGGUUAACUCGUGUAUAGAAAUAAUUCACACCAACAUGCUAGUUAUGAAAUUGGAAUAGAAGCCAAUAACGCUAAUGUUGCAUUAUUUCUGAACUCGGAUAAUAUAUUAUUUAAUUUCCUGA